AAAACGAAAAGAGAACGAAUCUGACGUUGUUUGACAACCGCAAGAAAUCGAAGUGUGAGCAUUUUUUCCUAUUUUCCACCAUUGCCGGAAAAUUUUCCUCUAAUUUGCAGAAAAAGGCGUAGAAUUUUGCAUUCUUAGCAAUUCUCAAUAAGUGAAAAUGGCUCGCUCGAAGAAUCGAUCCGAAUCAGCCGACUCGGACAAGGCUGAGAAAAAACAGCGCGGCCGCGAAAAGGAACGUAAGAAGCGUAAUUCGAGCAGCAGCGACAGCAGUGGAAGUUCCUCGGACAGUAGCUCAUCUCGCAGCAGUUCGGGAUCCCGGUCGAGCUCAUCGAGCAGCAGUUCUUCGUCGUCAAGCUCCUCAUCUUCAUCGAGCAGUGGAGCCGAGCGGUCCCGCGCCAAGCGCAAAACCGUGAGCAGAUCUCGUUCACGUAGUGCCAGUCCGGCAAAGGAAACUGCCAAGGAAGUGAAGGCACCCAGACCGAAAUCCAAGGAACGUAAUGAUCGUCGCAGCACGGAACGCGACAAUGACAAAGAGAACAAACAAGCAAAGGCAACAUCCCCGGAAAGAGGUGCUGUCAAGGACGGACGCAGUCGUAGAUCUCGUUCGGGAUCAUCUAAAAGGCGAAGGAAGGAACGCUCGGUAACACCGAAAGCCACGAGAAUACACGUGGGCCGAUUGACGAGGAACGUUACGAAGGAUCAUGUUACGGAAAUCUUCGGCACUUUCGGAGAGAUACGCUCUGUAGAUUUCCCGGUGGAUCGUUUCCAGUUAUUUGGGCGCGGUUUCUGUUACAUUGAUUAUGCCAACUCGGACGGGGCAGAGAAUGCCAUUAAGCAUAUGGCCGGAGGACAAAUCGAUGGCCAAGAAGUUACGGCCACUGCUAUUCUGGUCCCAAAAAGUCGUCCCCCAAUGCGGCGUCCGUCGCCGAUAAUGCGGAACAAUCGACCGCCACCGCGUUGGCGUGGAUCACCCAGACGCUAUCAGCGUAGAUCUCCGAUAAGGCGCAGCCCAAGACGCAGACGCUCUCGCAGCCCGGUCAGGCGACGCCGCCACAGUAACAGUUCUGAUAGUUCCCGUUAGAGGCGUCUUGGGAUGCGGAUUAUUUACCGGAAUCAUUGUGUGAGCACAGUCUGGUUUGUGAGUGUGUUGAAAUCACUAACGUGAGAAAAUAAUUGAACUUUCUUAGAUGGGUAAGCGAUCCAACAAAAUAUGUCACUAAAGCAGGAGAAAAAUCUGUCACACAUUUGUAGUAAUUCUAUUGAUUUAAGAACACAUUAAUGUAUGGAAACAUUUGAUUUAAUAAAGAAUACUUAAAUUCAAGCUAAAA